AGCCGCGUCUCUGCUGCUAUGGUGAGAGAAGACACCCGUAUACACGUCAACGACCUGGUUGGGAAGUAACGACGAAAGCGGACUGACGCGGGGGAGAAUAUGAGUAAAGUGGACGCACCAUGUCGACCGGCUGCCUCUUUAAAAUUCACUAUUGACAACAUCCUCAACCUGAAAACCAGCGGGAGGAACUGGGGUCAGCCCUCCGUGGAGGAGCGCGAUGAGUCGGAGCUGCGUAAAGACGGUUUCCAAAGUCAGGCAGAGGCUCCGGAGAGGAGGCUGCACGGAAGCGAAUUCGUCACUGGCUGCACCCGGGCGACAGAAUCGGAGCUUAUUUCCCACGGAGAGCCGAUCCAGGCGGCAGAAAGCGGGGACAGCGACGACAGCAGCUCCGCCACAGCUGGAGCUCCGACCGGGUCACAAAAAGCGGGCAACUCAGCCAAGAAAAGCAAACUGAUCGCCAAAAAGAAAACGCGCACCAUUUUCUCCAAGAGACAGAUCUUCCAGUUGGAGUCUACCUUCGACAUGAAACGCUACCUGAGCAGCGCGGAGCGCGCCUGUCUGGCCAGUUCGCUGCAGCUCACCGAGACACAGGUGAAAAUCUGGUUCCAGAACCGCAGGAAUAAAUUGAAACGGCAGAUUUCCAAUGAACUGGACGGGCCUGUGACUGAGUUCCCCGAGGUGGGGAAGCCCGUGGUGGUGGGCCAGCUGCCGGCCUUGUAUAAAGAGAACAACCUGCUGGGAAGAUGCCUGAUGCCGGUGCCGCUGCCGGUGGUUUACCCGGGGAGCAGUGCGCCUUAUCUCUGCUUCUCCAACGCCAGCAAGUACUUCAGCCUCUAUGAGAGAGACCUAUGAUGAUGGCGCUCUGUUGCCAAGAGCUCUUUCCAGUUUUAAGACAGCGACCCGCGAGGACGACAGAGGACUAGUUUCAUAUCACAUUUCAAAGCUUAUUUAUUUUUCAUUGUUUCUUAAAGGCCUUAUAACGGACCUGCCAUAAACACAGCACCGGACUGGGCUGCUGCAGCCGCACUGUGGCCUACAACAACUCCAACAUUGUAUUCACCACCUUCCACUCAAGUAUUUUUAAUCAUAUUUUUUUUUAACAAUUAUUGUUUUUAACCGACAACAGCAUUUCCAGCAGCUUUAGCCACCAAAGAAAUUAUACUUGCAUGCAUCUCCUGUAUCAUAAAGACUUCUAUAUGUAUUUAAAUGAAUGUAAUUCACUUUCAUUUCGUUUGCAAGCAUGACUACUUUUAUUUCUUUUUUUUUCGUUUUUUUUUUUUAUAAAGGUAUACUCUUAUUUUAUUCUAUGUUUGGCGCACAAUUUACUCCAUUAAACAUCUUCACUCGGCAAGAACUAUUUACUCGUUCCUCGGUCAGGGCUUCUGGUGUGUACACGGUGAUAGUUUCUGAAAGACGGUGGGCGU